AUGGAACUUGAGCGGCUGUUGGGCUAUGGGUACCUCAUCCCAUGGUCCGUCUCGGUUUAUCCACCAGUAUAUAACAAUUGGCGGCGCAACUCAGCUGCCGCAAUGUCUUUAGACUUCGUAAUGCUAAAUAUUGUUGGAUACUUCUUCCUGCUGAUUUCAUUGUCACUUCAGCUUUUCAAAUGGCAGAACGAAUCCGGAGUGGCGGAUGAGCCACCCAGACCAAAAGUGACCAGUUUCGACUUUUGGUACUGUUUGCAUGGGUUUGUUUUGAAUUUGGUAGUCCUGAGCCAAGUAGCCAUGGGCACCUGGCUGUGGAAAUUUAAGCAGACCGGAAGCAAUCGAAUGAAGCCCAUAUAUGCCAAGGUUUUGACUUCAUUCAUCACUGUGGGCGUACUUUCGACUUUGCAGCUAAUAUGGCAACAAUCGCAGUAUGGUUGGCGGAACUCGGACACACUGGCAUUCUGUAAUAAGCUUUACACGCUCAAGAUCAGUAUGUCCAUCUUAAAAUACAUACCGCAGAUUAGACACAAUUUCGAACGGAAAAGCAUGAAGGGUUUCCCCAUUCAAAGCGUUGGCUGUGACAUCGUGGGUAGCAUAUGCUCGUUGUCACAACUUGCGCUGCAAAUACAGAGAGACGAGGCAGUCCUCACCCUAGGCGUAGCCGGGGCGAACUUCGGUAGGAUCGGUAUCGCUCUGGUGACAUUACUCUUUAACUUCAUCUACAUAUCCCAGUGGCUUGUGUAUAGAAAAUAG